AAUAACAACACAAUCACAAAUGCUACCACGAUGAGCACGAAACAGAAAUCCCGCUGGGCAGACGACGAAGAAGAUGCCGUGCUCGAAGCUCAGCGCAAGAAAGAAAAGGAAGAAAAGAAGCGCGCAAAAGCUGAGAAGCAGCGACGCGCAGAUGAAGCAGCUGCCCUCCGAGCAGCAGAACUUCAAGGUGAAGCUGCGGCCGUCGCAGACUCCUCAAACAAUAAUACAGAGCUCUCUUCUCGGCCUGCUAAACGGCGGAGAAUAUCGCCAGAGAUUGAAGGUGUGAAGGUGGAAUUGCCUCCGGCGAAGCUGUUAAGGUUUCCCAGUCCGGAAUGGAAGAAAUGUCGCAGUGUGGAGGAUUAUGAGAAACUGAAUGAUAUUGAGGAGGGUGCUUAUGGAUGGGUUUCUAGAGCGAAGGAUUCGAGGACGGGGAAUGUGGUUGCGUUGAAGAGGUUGAAAAUGGACAAUGCGAACGAUGGGAUACCUGUUACUGGCUUGAGGGAGAUACAGACUUUGAUGGACUGUGAACAUCCCAAUAUCGUUGCUCUACAAGAGGUCGUUGUUGGGGAGGAUACGAGUAAGAUUGAAAAUAUCUUCCUCGUCCUCGACUUCCUCGAACACGACCUCAAAACCCUCCUCGAAGACAUGUCCGAACCCUUCCUAACCUCAGAAAUCAAAACACUGCUACACCAACUAACCUCUGGCGUCUCCUAUCUCCACCAAAACUGGAUCCUGCACCGCGAUCUCAAAACCUCCAACCUUCUCCUCAACAACCGCGGCGUCCUCAAAAUCGCAGAUUUCGGCAUGGCCCGCUACUUCGGCGACCCUCCCCCCAAAAUGACCCAGCUAGUAGUAACCCUCUGGUACCGGGCUCCCGAACUAUUGCUCGGAGCGGAGCGCUAUGGGACACCGGUAGACAUGUGGUCCAUCGGCUGCAUAUUCGGGGAACUCCUCACCAAAGAACCUCUACUGCAAGGGAAAAAUGAAGUCGACGAACUCUCCAAGAUCUUCGAACUCUGCGGAAUACCCACAGAAGAAACCUGGCCAGGCUUCAAGCGCCUUCCUAAUGCACGCUCUUUACGUCUUCCCCAGAACCCCGUCUCUCAGGGCUCGGUGCUUCGAGCUAAGUUCCCGUUUUUAACUAAGGCCGGGAGUCAGUUGCUUAUUGAUUUACUGGCUUUGAAUCCGGGGAAGAGACCGAGUGCGCAAGAGGUGCUGGAACAUGCGUUUUUCAGGGAAGAACCUAGAAUGAAGAGCGCGGAGAUGUUUCCUACGUUUCCGAGUAAGGCGGGGCAGGAGAAGAGGAGGAGGAGGGGUACACCGAAUGCACCUAUGCGAGGCAAUGUGCCCGAAAUUAAGGCUACGGAUUUCAGUGGUAUUUUUGCCGGGAGGGAGGACGAGGAGAAGGGCGGUGGGUUCUCGUUGAAGUUGAUAUAGAGAUCAACUUGAAGAGAGGCCUAGUAGGAAGUGGGAAGUUAUAGCUUAGCUAAAUCAGCUAUAGCAUAUAAAUACAGACUUGGGUACAAAAGAUAAGC